AUGGGGAAGCUUUCUGAAUGGAAACAAGCCAAAAUAUUUGGCCUUCAAAAUCUCUUCCGGGGUCAUGGAGGUCUGCUGGUUAAGGCUUCUGGGUUUGGGAGAGACCUCGCUGUAACCAUCACCACCACCUUCAUCAUCAUCAUCAUCAUCGUUGUCGUCUGCUGCUACUGUUGUGCUAGAAGGGGUGGAAGUGCGGGCGCAACCCGGGCCUGCGGGGGUGGUGCUCCCAUCAACCCGGCCUCGUUGCCCCCUGGCGACCCUCAGCUCAUCGCUCUCAUCUUGGAGCAGCUCAAGAGCCGGGGCCUUUUUGACAGCUUCCGCCGGGACUGCCAGGCCGACGUGGACAACAAGCCAGCUUACCACAGCCUGAGCCAGAAAGCGGAUAAUUUUGUGUCAGCACAUCUGGACAAGCAGGAAUGGAAUCCUUCAGUGAACGAAAACCAACUGCGCGAUGGUCUGAGGCAGAGUGUGGUUCAGCCAGAGAGGUCGGAAGCUGGAGUAGACAGGAUUAUUUCUCAGGUGGUGAAUCCAAAACUAAACCACAUCUUCAGGCCACACAUAGAACAAGCAAUUCAUGAAUUCCUGGUGGCCCAGAAAGAAGCGGCUGUGCUAGUACUCCCUGCAGAGCCGGAAGGCCUGGACCCUCCAGCUCCGUCUCAGGACACUUCCUAAGAAUAUGGCUGACAACUUUUGAAAGCGCUAUUUAAUUUUGGGUGAAGAAAUGGAUUCGGUUACAUAAGACUGCAAUUUCAGACCAAAGAUAGGCCAAGGUCGUCACUGAGCUCAAGAUUUCCACCUACACCAUGAGCAGUGACCAGAUUGAAAGGGAAGCAAGUUCGGCAGAGAGAGAGUUGACCCUAUCGACCCCUGCAUUACGCUGCCAUUUGGCCGGCCUGUCCAAGGGCCUGACACCAAGCACACACCACAGAGAGGGAAACACUACUGCAACCCAGGGUUGUCCUGAAACAGACAUCUAUACUUGGACAUGGAGACUGCACAUAGACUUUAGGGUUUGUGCUCUGGGAUAAACGAAAGCUACAGCGAGAGGACAUAAUCAAUCCUAAAGACAAUUUCAAAGAACAAUGACAGUCAAGGUUAACUGGGAGUAGUAUUUGACAGUAUUUAUUUGAUAUUGUCUCUCAGAGUUGCAAACUAGAUUGUACACGACAUUAGCGUCAAAUAGCUUUAAAGUUGUGACCUUCUUGUACAUGAAUCUUCUAGCCAGUUUCCUUUCCUUUGUAAGAGGUAACAAAACAUGAAACCCUAGAAUGAGUGAGAAGUUCAGACAUUAGGUAUAAGGAAACUCAUUUGCAGACUCUCUGUCCAAGGCUGCUUCCUGUCUUGCAGGGGCUAGUGAGUCUUGUGUGUGUUUAUGUUAUUCUCACAUUUGUGUUUUUUUAGAAAAGUGGAUGGUCAAUAAAUUGCUUAUCUUUCAACAGCAACAACAAAAAAGAAA